CCUCCGCCCGGGCAGGAGGAAGCGUAACUACCCAGAUUUUGGCGCCAGCGCCGACACAUCGCGGGGGCCCGGGAAGCAGCGGAGGGAGGGGGACUUCGCCGCAGCCUGCUCCGCUAACAUCGGGCGCGCCGCCCGCUCCGGCGCCCUGUUCUUCCUUCUUUCCUUCCCUCCCUCCCUUUUUCGCUCUUCAGCGGCUUCGCGCGCACCGCGACAAAGGUAAAAGCUCUGCAAGUCUGCAAUAAAAAUGGCCUCCAAUAAAACUACAUUGCACAAAAUGGGAAAGAAACAGAAUGGCAAAGGUAAAAAAGUCGAAGAGGCAGAGCCUGAAGAAUUUGUUGUGGAGAAAGUCCUGGACAGACGUGUUGUAAAUGGAAAGGUGGAAUACUACUUGAAGUGGAAAGGAUUUACAGACGCUGACAACACAUGGGAACCUGAAGAAAACUUAGAUUGUCCAGAGCUAAUCGAAGCUUUUCUGAACUCUCAGAAAGCUGGUAAAGAAAAAACAGAUGGUGCCAAAAGAAAAUCUUUGUCAGAUAGCGAAUCUGAUGAUAGUAAAUCAAAGAAAAAGCGUGAUUCUGUUGAUAAACCAAGAGGGUUUGCAAGGGGUCUUGAUCCUGAGCGGAUAAUUGGGGCUACAGAUAGCAGUGGAGAGCUUAUGUUCCUCAUGAAAUGGAAAGACUCUGAUGAGGCAGAUCUGGUCCUGGCCAAAGAAGCUAACGUGAAGUGUCCUCAGAUCGUAAUCGCUUUUUAUGAAGAGCGACUAACUUGGCAUUCAUGCCCAGAAGAUGAAGCACAAUAAUUGUUUGCAUUGCUUUUUUAUAUAUAUGAAUAUUAAAACCUGAAAUUUUGAUUUAUUAGCAAUGUGAGAAGCAUACAUUCUAACAAGAAUCAAAUUUGAUAUUUUUUUGAAGUAGUAUGUUUUGCAUCAACAGCAAGUAAAUAAAAGCUUUCUGCAACUUAUUUCAUUUAUCACAAGAGAGCAUUUGAUACUACUACUUCCUCCAUAUUAGGUAAAAGCUUUUAUAAAACAUUCAUAAACUUCCAUAGUUAUUACAGAGUCAUAAUGAAUGUCUAAACCAACUCAGAUGUUUUGUAGUCUUCUAUACUAUUGAUGUGCAUGUAUCUUCUUUACCCAAACCUAGCCCUCUAAACCUGUAGAAUCAUUCUUUUUAGUAUUUGGGAUCACUUGGUCUCAAGAAGACCAGGUGAAAACUAACUUUGUAGUAAUUUGAAUGUUAUCAGACUGUAUAUUGUUUACUUUAUUGUAAAUACUGGUGAACAGUGGUCAAUAAAAUAGUUUUAUAUUCUUCCUUUAUACUGAUAGGCUGUGACUCUUUUGAAGCGGUAUGAUAUUUCUGAACUUUUGAUAUGUUAAAUUCUCAAUUCGUAAUAUAUUUAAUUGUCAGUUGUUUUUUGGGGGUAGAUUGAUUAAUUACUAUUGCCCCCAUUGCUACUCUGUACUCACAAUACCAGACAAAUACCAGGCUUUGAUUCUUUGUAUUUUUUUCGGUGCACAAUGCCUGAGGCAUAGGUUUUUUUUCAGUCAGGUAGGGCCUGUGAAAUGAAGGUGCUUUGGGUUAAGUCACAGAUACCGUAUUGCCAAGGUGUGGCUGCUGGUCACAAGGCCACGUGGCCUCUGCAGGUAUACUAGGAAAUCUUUGACCUGUGUUGACAGUAUCAGCCUUUGCUUUAAUUUCAGGUCUUAAUACAUGGGUAUAGUGUAACUAACGGUGGUUCGGAUGGAAUUAUUCUCGAGGCCAUCACCUGAAGAAUACUUACAUAGCUCUGCCUCUGAAGGAGUAUUUUAAUGAAGAUACUUAAGUCAUGUACUUUAAACAAAAGCCUUUGUUUCUAUUUCAGAUUGAAUUUUAAAAUUAGUCCUGUAAUCAGCUGCUUGGAGAAUGCCUUCAGAAGGGCAGAAGUAAGGGGUGGGGAACUCACCUCAGGAGGAGGAAAGUUGCCUUUUCCCAUUCUUUCUUCAGCUGCCAUUCCUCUUUUUCACUUGCUUUCAUCUACACACCUCCUUUUAUUUGUGUUUUUACUACUGUGGUAUAGUUUACCUUGAGCUGUGCCUCUCCAUAUGUCAAUGGCCAAGUUUGUUUCAGAAUUCCCCUUAAUUUAGUUUUGACUAAAAAAAAAAAAAAAUCCUGUAAUACGCUACUGUCAGAGUCCUAGGUGAGACAGUUAAGAGCACCCAGCUAUGUUUUCUUAGAAAGUUAAAAAAAAAAAAAGGAUAUUCCUGGAAACUCAUAUGGUGUGCUGAGGAGUGAACGAAGGAAUUUAGCCUGUGCUUGAUGUUCCCUCGAUACUGUUUCAUAAAUCAUUACUAUAACUAUUUGUCCUGACAUAGUUUCAAAAGCCGUUUACAUUGUGAAUCAGAACUUGUCAUUGUAAAACACAUAAUUACAGUUAAACACUGGGGUGGCUAAAUUGAUGCUAAAUUACCUUUUUGUGUGCUUCAUCUUGUCAAGUUUUUUUAUUACUGGAUUUGGGCAGAAUUCAGUCGCCAUCUAUUUGUGGCUCUAGGAAAAAUCUGAUACCCUUGUUAGUGUGCAGAUUCCCUUGCACCAGUUAAUGAUAAAUUCAGAGCUUAGCUAGCUUCUCUUGCAUGUUCUUAGACAAAUUACCCUGAAUUUGUCAGAUAUGUAAGUCUUCUACAGAGUUCAUGGCUUAUUUCUUUGGGGCCUAUGAUAAGUAUAUUUAUACACCUAUAGGAUUCUGAAAUCCUUGUGCUUUUUUACCCAAUAGCUUGACAAAUGCACGGGCUAAACAAGAAUUCCAAAGCAGCAUGCGUUCUCCUACCUGCUUCUUCAGUACAGAGUGCUUUUUAAAGGCUCUUAAAACUGUUAUUCUACAGUUUGUGUUUUAUUGUCUGAGACUUUGCAGUUUCUAUACUUUGUUUUGAGUGUUGAUAUCAAGGUUAUAUGAAGUUGCUGAUUUGAAGUGAUACAGGUUAAACCAUUGAUUCAAAUUAUUGGUUAUUUUAAGUGGUAGAGAUUUUUGUUGAAAGGUUGAUUCUCCUCAAUUUGUAACCCUUAAAAUAGAGAUUUGCAACUAGAUACAACUUUUACAUUUUAUUUGGUUCUUCUUUCCGACUAUUCGUAGAAGUGCACUGUAUUCACAUUUAAACAGCUUUACAGCUUGUUAGACAAUUAUUUAGAUUUCUGAUUUUUUACAUUACAAUGAUAGAAAUGCUGACUGGUAUUUGUUUCCUUUUUUUUUACUCCUCAUUUUGUGUCAAACUGCAUUUUGAUAGUAAUGAAAUGCAACACUUUAAAAUUACAAGUUAUGUAAAAUUAUGCUGAAUGUGCUGCAUAUAUAUGCAAAAAGUUAACAAAUGUUAUUAAUUUAAAAUUAACUGAUUAAAUAAAUGAGAUAUCUUCUGUAGUUAG